AAUGCCCAUCCGCUGCUGUCCGCGCAGUAGCCUUGUCACUACAUCUACUGAGCUAACUCGGCUCCGACCACAUCAGUACCGUUAUGUCACAGAAAUUCUGUUUACUGCUUCCAAUGUGGGUGGCAAGUCUACUGGAAGCACUGCACGUCGGUCAGCCCGUUCAUCUUCUGGCAGACUGUAUCGCAAGGGUCAGUGUCCGGUACUUCAUCGCUGGACGAACAGUCGUGUUUUCCUCGUCCUUUACUGAAGAAACCCGUAAGAACCCUGCCACUGAAACUAUCGUCGACAUUGAAAACAAUGUGAUAAAAAGCAUGAAUGCGAUUGGUCGCUGGCCGAUAACUGUACAUCGCCCAACAGGAAAUGUAAUGGGAUAUAACUCAUAUGCUUGGACUAACACAGACGACAAACACUACAGUUAUAUCCUGAUACUGAGCUGUCGAAACGGAUAUUGGAAAGCGGCAUUUGAUUUCGUGAGAGAGACGAUCAUGCAAUUGAAGAAUUUCCCAGCAUGGAACUCCAGAGCAAGAUUCUUGGUGGUGGUUCGUCGUUGCGUUUCAAACGAUAUACGUAAAGGGCUGAAGAUUAUUGUAGAAUAUCUUUGGCGCUUUAAGGCGUUUAACGUCAUCUUCUUAUAUCCUUCAACACAUACAACGGUUGAAAUAUACACGUGGUUUCCACGUUACUUGCCCUCGACACGAUGUGGACUACUCCUGGAUGUUGUUCAUCUCGAUACUUGGGUUCGGGAAUACGAUACGGGAUUUUUCUUACGCAACAUAACACUAUACACUGACAGAAUACCACGUGAUCUGCAUGGUUGCAUCCUCAGGGCAUCUGCAAUUAAGUUUCGUCCAUAUAUAAUUUGGCACGGAAAUGAGACUAUCAGGGGAGGUCUGGAUGUACAAGUUUUGAGAAUUAUAUCUGAGAAAUUGAACGCUUCGCUGUUGUUCAGGGUACCUUCAGGGAACGAAAGGAAAGGACAACAUCUUCCAAAUGGAACGUGGACUGGACUGAAAGCUGAGCUAAUAUACGACAAAGCAGACAUUGUAAUAGGAUGUUUUCUGCUUAAUUAUUAUGACUAUAUUGAAUUUGAUAAUACAAAUAUAUAUCAUACUGACGGAUUUACCUGGGUGGUGGCUCGAGCAACGCCUUAUCCCCGAUGGUUAAGUAUGGGCAGAGUAUUUACUCCCUCAUCAUGGUUAUUAUUGCUUAUGGCUGUUUUCCUUAUGGGAUUUAUUAUGAAGUAUUUAGCAAAGUCAAAAUAUUUUUACUCGUAUAACAAAUGGGAUACUAUGAAGUGCAUUCUAACAACAUGGGCUACCUUUUUGGGCGCAGGAGUACCUGAGAUGCCUCGUACCGACACGUUGCGUAUCUUGCUUCUUUCUUGGAUGGUAUAUUCAUUGGCCACGAACACAGUAUUUCAGGCUUUUUUUACGAGUUACGAAGUGGACCCUGGCCUACACCACCAGUUGGACACAGUUGAGGAACUCUUACAGGCCUCAAUAAUUUAUGCAAUUUCUCCUGCAUUAAAGUGUUUUUUUACGGACGACAUGUUAAAGAGACUAACGCCGUUGAUUCUGUGUGAACCGAUAAGCUGCCUAGAAAAGGUAGCGACUGUGUAUAACACUGCUUUAUUUAUGGGGAGAGUCCCUCUCGGUUACCACCGUGAAGGAUUUCUGAAGAAGAAAAACAGGCAUGAAGUCCACCCCUUUCGAGAGGAUUCUUUUCAGUUGCAUGCAGUAAUGAUGAUGCAGAAAGGAAGUCCUCUUCUCAAACUGGUGAACGAAAUUAUCACAAGGAUAGUUGAAGCCGGUCUGUCCGACUAUUGGUUACGAGCCAUAAUAGAAGAGACACGAAUGAAAGCAGGGAUUUUAGAACUAGAAUCUCUGAAAGAUUCAUAUAUUGAACUGAACGUGUCUCACUUGCAAGGGGCUUUCAUUUUUCUUUUCAUUGGCAUUGGAUUAUCUGUCAUGGCUUUCCUUUCGGAACUUUCCUUUGGAAAGCUUUCGCUAAAAUGCAGGUAAAUUUAAUGAAUCACCGCUCUUGUUAAUUAGCAUGUUUCCACCUUUUCAUAAGCGUUCUGUCCGCGCCCAGUAUUCGAACUAACCCAUUCAUUAGGCCGCGCCAUAGCUCAAGCGGUUAGUCGCUGGUUUCCCACCGCGGCA